UUUUUUGGGAAUCAUGUUUUCAUCCCGCACAGUAUGUAGCGGGAUGGACAUUAAUUUGUGUGAUCGCCAAUUUACCAUAGAAGAAGAAGAACGUCGAUCAUACUGUGUCCAAAUAAAAUGGCGGGCGAAGGCUACAUUGAAAUGAGGGGGGGUAGUUUUGCUUGCAAGCUUCGUCGGUGGUCAGGCAUAAAUAGAGGGGAAGAUAGCUCGUUAAAGCUGAACAAGACUGUGGCGUAGUUAACUAGCUGUUAUUUCACAACUUAGCAGCGCUAGCUAAUAUUAAUAACGUUAGCUAACCAGUUUAUAGCUAGCUACCUAAAAACGGGAUGAAAACCGCAACCAAAGAUUAUAAAAACGUACUCGUUUGUCUUUGAGGGCUUCCCAUGUGCAUGACAUUUUUAUUAGUUUAUGUGUCGUCGUCUCUAGUUACCACAGCCACAAAGUCAUAGUUAUGGGUAAACCCCUCCUAUUUCUACAAUGUAUCUUCUGAAAGUCUGCUUUUGAACCUUGCCCACACUGCUAACCUAGACCAAAAAGCACAUUUUAGUUGUCAUUAAUUUUGACGAUAUACCCAAUUUGGACUUUAUGGCUGUGGUAACUAGUGACAACCGUUUAUAUGCUGCGGCGGCCAUGUUUUUCAACAAUCUUGAAACGCGCAUGCUCUAACGUAAUUUCAUUCGCGGUUGCGCCAACUCGGAACAAAAAUACAUUUCUUGAGGAUCCUGCACUGUUGGAAGAAUAACAACAAAACGCAUUUUGGAACCCAUUGUUGAAAUAACGCUUAACGUUGCGAGCAUUUUACAUUUUGUGUAUUCUGACUGUUGACAAUGCAAAGUGGAAGCGAGCGGGUUUGCAGAAUUUUCAAUCGUCUUCUAAUCUUAGCUAGGAGCAGAAACAAGAACCAUGGCUAGGCCUCACAUAUACAUUCAGUUGUUCAGCAACCUGAUAACAAGACCGUUUAGAAUAGGCUCAAAGUUGAGGUUUUGAGAAACUCAUAACAUUCGUGAUAUUCUUGCAGUGGUUAGCAAGCAAACAUUGCUUGAUGGCUGGUGUGUCAAACUAACGUUAACUAGCUACCGACGGUACAGUACCGUUGGCGAAAUAGGUAGCUAUCAGUCUAGUGUGUGCCUAACGUUUAUAUUUUAUUCAGAUACAGCAGAUACCUAGCAGUUGCUAGCUUGCAUACGAGGUCGCUACGUAAGCUAACCUUGAUUGGGUCCGUUAUUCCCUCUCCAAUAUACAGUAAUAGACAGAGAAAGGCAAUUUGGAGGAAACGUGUGUGGAGGUUUUUUGACAAAUCCACACAGGACGUGGAACGAAACUAGCUAGCUGGUUCCAUAGGAUUAUUUGCAAGAAGUCGUCGACUGCUGGGUGAAUGUGGGACAAAAUGGAGACGCCAACGAUUGUGUACGACCUGGAUACCUCUGGGGGUUUAAUGGAGCAAAUUCAAACACUGCUCGCACCCCCCAAGUCAGAGGAUGGUGAAAAGAGGAGUCGGAGGAGUGAAAGGGACCUUCGGAGAAAGAGCAGGGCCACCAACCACGACACCUGUGAUAGUUGUCAUGAGGGAGGGGACCUUCUGUGUUGUGACCAUUGUCCUGCCGCCUUCCAUCUACAAUGCUGUAACCCACCAUUGAGUGAAGGAAUGCUGCCCCCUGGUGACUGGAUGUGUCAUCGCUGCAACGUCCGCAGAAAGAAGCGGGAGCAGAAGACUGAGCCGACAAAUGGCCUGCUGGAGAGGGAGAGGCCCCUCUCCAAACGCUCACCCCCCCCUGCAGCUGAACUGGAGCGGGGCACCACCACCAUUACCACCACUACGCUGCGUCUGGACAGGCUGCCCCCCGGGGUCGGAGCAGCAGGACCUGGUCUGCGGGUGGCUGCCGUGCAUCUCGAGCGUCUGGAGCGCCUUGAGCGACCGGGCACACCCACCCCCUCGGAGGAGCAGAACGAUGCAGAGGAGGGGGUGGCCAAGGCAGAGGAGGGGGUGGCCAAGGCAGAGGAGGGGGUGGUGGCCCAGGGCUCUGAACCUGAGCGAGCCACCACCACCACCACCCCUACCCCCACACCACGGCUCCUCAAGAGGCCCUUUCAGCUGCUCAUCGCCGCCGCCAUGGAGAGGAACCCCUCGCAGUUCCAGCUGCCCAACGAGCUCACUUGCACCACAGCACUGCCAGGCAGCAGUAAACGGAGGAGGAAAGAGGAGCUGAUCAUGAAGACUUUCAGGAGGCCACAGCAUGAGAUGGACCCCAAUGGCCUCGUUCCUCUGCCAGUCAGGGUGUGCUUCUCCUGCACAAGGAGCUGUAGAAUGGCCCCCUUGGUUCAGUGUGACUAUUGCCCUCUGCUCUUCCACAUGGACUGCCUGGACCCCCCACUCACUGCCAUGCCCACAGGCAGAUGGAUGUGCCCCAACCAUAUGGAGCACUUGGUGCUGAAGCAGAGGAGCAUGUCCCUAACCAGCCGCUGCCAGCUCUUAGACCAGUUCCAGGACAGGAUAUCCCAGCAUGCCGUCAAGGUGGACUUCCUGCGAUGGGUCCACCGACAGAACCCGCCUGUCCGCAGCGGUGUCCACCACAAGACGAAGGCGCUCAAGGUACCCGACGCUGUUAAGUCCCAGUACAAGAACCCCCCGGCCAUGUUGGCUCCAGCAGGGGUGCGUAACGGGGAGCUGAUCUGUAAUGGCGUCCCAAACCAGGACUGCUCCCCUCAGCAUUUUACCAGCCAGGCGGAGCAACAGGAGUGGCUUCGAGACGUCAUGGCGCUCCAGUGCAGCAUCAUGCGACAUUUAUCUGGCAAGCAGAAGUCCUUGUCAGACUGGGACUCUGAACAGACAGACAAGGAACAGAAAUACAUUAAGCCCUGUGUUGCUCUAGAGGAGACCAGCUCUCUGCCCCUUGCAGAAAGGACAGCUUCUGCCCUGCCUUCCCCCUGCUCUAAGCCCUGCCAUACAUCUGAUGGCACCCAGGGGGCCCCGGUACUGAAGGAACUCUCACAGGGCCAGGAAAGCUGCAGCUGCACGGUGAGGCCAUGUCAGAACUGUCUGACGUGCAGGAAAGUCAACGGGCCCCUAACGGAACAGCCUGUACAAGCCAACGGGCCGGUAGUGUGUGACGCUGCCUCAGAUGCAUGCAGACAGACAGAGCUCCAGCUGCACAUACUCACCCCUCCAGCCUCACUCCCAACCUCUGCUCUGGGGCUACCCAACCACCUGAGAAGAGGGGUUGUGGUUAAAACGGAGAGGGGCAGCCCCCUGGAGUCUUGCACUCAGAAAGGCUGUCCCCCUUCGACGUGUGCAGCUACAGGGCAGGACGUCAAGAGCCAGGCCCACGGGACUCCUCCAGGCAAGGCAGGGGCUCAGGCCACCCCUCUGAGCUGCUGCAGUGAGCUGACGCUCUGCCCAAGCCCCACCCCGGGUGUCCAUGUCUUCACCCCACCCAGAGCCGUCAAAGACUCCAGCACAGCAAGACAGCCCACCACCACACCUCACGGUUUCUCCCCAGGGCCAGAUCUAAAGGGCAGCUCUAUGUUACCCAGCUCCAUCUCCUCCUCCUCCAUAGCAGACCUGUCUGGAGGCAUGAAGGCCAUGAUGGAAGGGGAUGGGGAGAUCGAGGUGAGUAACCUGGAUGAGGAGUUAGUCAAACUCCUGGCCUGGCAGAGGAUACAGCAGCUGUUCCCCCCCAAAGUGGCCCCAACCCCCCAAGGCAGCUGUCUAACCGCUACCCCUCCUCCCACCGUCGCCCUCAAACCUCAAUCUCCCGCACCACGCACAGAGGCAAUCACAGAACAACAGAAGGAGGUGCAGGCGAGAGCAACGUUCUAUCCACUCAUGGGGAAGGGAGGAGCCAUCAACAUGUCUUAUAGGACCCUGUACAUAGGAGCUGGUGCUGACAUGGAUGUGUGCCUUACAAACUAUGGGCAUUGUAAUUAUGUAUCUGGAAAACACGCCUGCAUCUUUUACGACGGGAACACCAAGCACUACGAGCUGCUCAACUACAGUGAGCAUGGGACCACGGUGGACAACGUGCUCUACUCCUGUGACUUCUCUGAAAAGGCCUCCCCUAGCCCGGCUAAUGGCCUGGUGUCCAAAGUGCAGGGCAUUGUCCGCCGCUGUAAGAUGAGAGAGCAGGAGGAGGGGGCUGAGGCUGGGCCAGGCCCCAGGACUGGUCUGAUGCCAUCAGGGGGAGUGAUGAGCAGCCAGCCCCAGGGAGGACCCAGGCUCUCCUGUAAUUGCAAGGCUAGCAGUUCCAGCCUGAUCGGUGGCAGCGGGGCCGGCUGGGAGGGCACAGCGCUGCUCCACCACGGCAGCUACAUCAAACUGGGCUGCAUGCAGUUUGUCUUCAGCAUUGUUGAGUUCGCCAGCAAGCAGCCCAAAGAAGAGGGAGCUGCCACUGCCAAUACCACCCCUGCCAAAACCACCCCUGCCAAUACCACCCCCAGCCAAGAGGGGGCAGACAGACUAUCAAACUCCACCAAGUGCAACUCUGUUCCAUAGCCCAAAUGCUCUCUUUUUCAAAUCUUUCCAGUCAAACCUAAGGGAACCCUAGAGAGCUGGUUGUUACACAGGGAAAAUAUAUAUUUUAAUUUAUUUUGUUUAUACUUUCGCAUUAAAAUCAGUAUCUCAAAUCUGUUAUUUAGAUAAGCGAUUCUCAACUGGUGGGUCGCGACCCAAAUUUGGGUCAUGGGAGGUUGUCUGAGUAGAAAUGUUGUAUGAAGAAAUACUAGUCUAAACUUAGAUGACUUUAUUAUUAUAUUAUUAUUAUUAUUAUGACUUAAACCAGGUAGAAAGUGUGUAGAAAUGAUAAUGAACUUACAAUUAUAAAAAAUGUAUCUCUUCAAUCACAGUAUUUUCAAUAUAGAGCUAUUAGCAGCACUAUUUUGGUUGAUUUUGUGGUCUCACACCAGUGAGUUUAUUAACAUCAAUAAUAUGGGCAACAUUUAAUUAUUGACAAUGAAAGAGGUGGGAAUGUUGUUCCCUUGUCAUAUAAUUGCUACAUUUUACAUUUGUCAUUUAGCAGACGCUCUUAUCCAGAGCGACUUACA